AUGAAUUCUCAAGUUUGUGUUAUAUGCUAUAAUAAGAAAACCGUCAAUCAAACAGAUAAUCGUUUAGUAACCGAAAGUUGUGGACAUGUGAAGUGUAUGAACUGUCUGCUCCAAGAAAAAUCAGGUUGCCUUGCUUGUUUAAGAAAUGGCACUGAAUCUGACCUAAGUCCUAUAGAGCGAGAAUAUGAGCCUAUUAAAACUUUUGAAAUGCCAACACAAACAGAUGAAGUUUUAAUAGAAAACCAAAUUGAACUAGAGGAUUUGAGUAAUAAAAGAAAAUCAGAUAAUUCACAUAUAAAAGUAGAAAUUGUAGAUGGUAAGAAAAGUUACUACUGCACUAUUUGUAAGAAAAAAUUUCAAGCAAAGAGCCAGGUGUGUUAUCAUUCAUAUUGUAAUGGACAGAAAAAACCUUAUCUCUGUCAACCAUGUAAACAAAGUUUUGCUUCACUUUCUCACUAUAAGUAUCACAUGAGAAUUCACAGUCAGGAAAAACCUUUUGUCUGUGAUGCUUGUGGGGUUGCUUUUUAUCAGAUGUCAAAGCUGAAGCGACAUAAACUUAAACAUACCAAAGAGAAAAACUUUCCCUGCAAUAUUUGUAAUAAAGCAUUUAAUAACCUAUCAUCUCUUAGAAAACAUACUUUAAUGCACACUGAGGAACGGCCUUAUACAUGUCCUAUAUGUAACAGGCGGUUCCGAGAUGGCUCAAAUUAUAAGAAACAUGUUGAUAAACACAAAAAGCUUUGUAAUUUAUGUGGCGAAAGGCUACCUGAAGGAGAAGGGCUGCAACAUAAAUGUGGGUCAGGUGGUGGUCCGAAGACACAUGCCUGUCCACGAUGUAGAAAGACAUUUCACUCACGAAAAGACAUGAGACGACAUGCUGCUAUACAUUCUGAUUCGAAGCCCUAUCGCUGUAAAGUAUGCCCUGAAGAACGACGUUUUAGACGUAAAGACAAUCUUGAGCGGCACAUUCGUAACGCUCAUCCAGACUGCAACCCCUCUACAGCUCUCGAAUGUGACAUCGACGCGUUAGAGAGCCUCACCCACCAUACAUUGUCAGAACCGGACCAAAGUUACGAACAGACUGAGAAAAUCAGACUUGAAAUCUUGAACCCACUACCCCCUCUACCUCAAGAUGUCAUACAAAAGCACAUAGAUCUCACAGUGACCAAUCCAAAGGAAGUGACAAGUGUUACGAACAGUGUAGUGGACAAAAAGUCAAUUAUGGAAGCGAAUAAUGCUCGCGAAAGUGUUAUUGUUGAAAAAAAGGUUAUGGAUAGUGAAAAGAAAACACCAAGCCCCGAGAAUGAGUAUGUGCAUAAAAUUCGUAAAGCAAUAAUACCUUUGCCUCCCAUUGAUCAAGAAAAGUUUAGAAGUGUACAAAGGGGUAUACUACCUGAAAGUGAUUCUUCAGCACCUAUAAAAAAUAUGGAAAUAUAUAAGAAGAUUUUGUAUGAGAAAAUAGAGAAAGAUACAACUGAGGUGAUACAAAACCCUAAAAUGCAUUGGAGGAGGAAGAUGGAGCAAGAUAUCAAU